AUGGCUAUACAGCAAGAUUCCAGACCGGCCUUGCCCCCUCGUCCGAGUGCCACUAACGAAAUAGCUUUUGCAGGCUGUGCCAAGACUCCGCCCUCUUGGCUUACUGCAUUGGUACAUCAUUACGAGGGAGAUAAAAAACACGCGCACGAAUUUUUUUUAUCUAGACAUUUUGUUGACGGGGCCGAGAUUGUUUUAAUAUGCAAGAAGUGUCACAAACGAUUUGCAUUGACCACAUCAAUACCAACAUCAACGGAAGAGACUAUUAGUCAAAUGAAUGUGAAACGUGGCAUGUGUGUUGUUAAUCGAGAAAAUCAUCUACAUCAUCUCCAUACUACAAAUUCAACAAAGACAAAUGUAGCUUCUGAAUGUUGCUAUUGCCAUUUCACUGUGAAUGUUGUGAUUUAUGAGCCUUACAUUGAUGUCCAGAUCUUUGAUGAGUUGCAAAAAACAAGGCCUAUUCCCACGUAUUCUAAUGCUGCAAGGAGAAUUAAUGGUGCCGAAAAUGAACCAAAUAUCCUUGAAACCCUCGAGCUUUUAUCAAAUAUAAUUAAAACAUUAGCUACAUCAGAUUCAUCACGGAAAUUGAAUUUAAAUUCUAAGCAAUUUAUUUCAAAGAUUUCUUAUGAUAAGGCGAGUAAGGCCUUUUUUGAUAAGCUUGAGUACAAAUUAGAAGAUGAUCAAUAUCUUACGCCACCACAGCUUACGGAAGAUUAUAUUAUAAAAUCAAAACAUGUAUCAGAAGAAAUAGAUAUGAGGAUCAUGGAUAUAUCUGAGAAGGCUUCUAGGGGCUGUACUAUAUCAUAUGAAGAACCUUAUGGAAAAUUGGAAACUAUUCUUGGAACGAAAUGUACAUCAUUAAAUUAA